AUGGCCACCAUGACUGAGACCUCGAACAUUGCCAACAGCCAGGGCAUGGACGCCCUCAUGGAGGACGCUCAGCGCCGCGGUUUUCAGGAGGAGAUUGACCGUCUGACAGACAACCACCGUGUAUACACUGACGCUGCUGGCGGCAAGCUCUCUUUCGCCCCGAUUGACUGGCAACAGCCCGGUCUUCGAAUUCUUGAUUCUGCCACCGCUGAUGGAAUCUGGCUCCAGGACCUCCGCAAAGAGAUUGGACCUGCCGCCGAGAAGCAGACCUUCAUCGGCACAGAUCUGGUAACAGAUCUGUUUCCAAAUCCCCCGCCUGAGGGCAUCCAAUUUGUCAAGCAAUCCAUCACAGAGCCCUGGCCUCAGGACUGGAAGGAAAGUUUCGACCUGGUCCACCAGCGUCAGGUCUUGGGGUUCUGCGGUAAUUUUGGCCUCGACCAAGCUGUUCGCAACCUGUGCGAGCUGGCCAAACCCGGUGGUUAUGUUGAGCUGAUUGAGCUUGAUUGCGACCAAAGCGUGCUUAAGGAAGGGUCCGUUGCUCAAGAGUUCUUCCGUCUGCUUGAACAGAUUUGGCAGAUUAAGAAAAUGGGCGGUAACUUUGGUCCCAAUUUGAAGGAUUGGAUGGUGGAGUCUGGGCUGGAAGAUGUUCAACAAACUCUGUUGCAUUGCAAAGUCGGCGCCCAAGCUAAGCCUGAGCUGCGCAAGGCCAGCAUCAACGGUGCAUCUGGCGCUGGUCCUAUGAUCGUCGCAUUGGCCAAGACCUUGCCGGAGCUUCAGGGAUUCACCGAUGAGCAGCUUGACACUCUCAAUGACCGUAUUCGCAAAGAAUUGGAGGAGGUUGGCUGCGAGUAUCAGAGCUUUUCUGUCAUUGGCCGAGUCCCUGCUGGUGGCCUACCUCCUUACAAGAAGGACACCUAAGUCUAUGUAUUCGUUUAUAGUCAAGACCA